CCCUGCCAGCGGCAGAAGCAGCAGUCCCCAAUCCGAACCAGAGCUUUGUGUUAAACCGGCUGGGGAAGUUGCUUUGCAAGAUCCCAACUUCCAUUCAUUGAGCCAGCAUCCAAAGGGGGCUGCGGGGCCGCUACUACCAUCCCCCCGGACUUGGUGAUUUCCAAACUUGGCAACCUUUUUCUCGAUCGCAUUUCCCCCCCCCCUCCCUCCCUCCCCCGCCUUUAUUUUUCUCUCCCCGCGAGGACACUGAACGAUUUCAGACGAUCACAAACGUCCUCUCGCCUCCCUCUGUCCCUCCCCUGCUUUCCCCCGCCGGGAAGAAGUUUAUACUGCAGCCACACCACCGCCUAAACAAAGCCUGUCCGCCAGCGACCGCCUCCCGCGAGCCCAGCCCGGGCAGCGCGCCCCUGCCGCUCCAGCGCCUGGAUCGCCGCUCGGGGACCGCGUCUGCUCCCCCCCAGAUCAUGCAGAGUUACAAGUACGACAAAGCGAUCGCCCCGGAGAGCAAGAACGGGGGCAGCCCUGCCCUGAACAACAACCCGGCCAAGAGCAGCAGCAAGAAAGGGCUGCUCAUCUGCCUGGACCUCCUCUGCCUUCUCAUGGCCGGUCUGCCCUUUCUGAUCAUUGAAACUAGCACAAUCCAGCCGUACCAAAGGGGGUUUUACUGCAACGACGAGAGUAUCAAGUACCCUUUGAAAACGGGCGAGACGAUUAACGACGCUGUGCUGUGUGCUGCAGGGAUUCUCAUUGCCAUCCUUGCUAUCAUAACAGGGGAGUUCUACCGGAUUCACUACUUAAAGGAGAAGUCUCGGUCCUUCAUCCAGAACCCAUAUGUGGCGGCUCUCUACAAACAAGUGGGCUGUUUCGCCUUUGGCUGUGCCAUCAGCCAGUCCUUCACAGACAUUGCCAAAGUGUCUGUCGGACGCUUGCGACCUCAUUUCCUGGAAGUUUGUAAUCCAGACUUUUCAGUAAUCGACUGCUCUAAAGGCUACAUUCAAAACUACACCUGUAGGGGAAAUGACAGCAGAGUCCAGGAAGCCAGGAAAUCCUUCUUCUCUGGUCACGCCUCCUUCUCGCUCUAUACCAUGCUUUAUUUGGUGUUAUAUCUGCAGGCCAGAUUCACAUGGAGAGGAGCCCGUCUGCUACGUCCCCUGCUGCAGUUUACCCUGAUCAUGAUGGCAUUUUACACAGGAUUGUCCCGUGUAUCUGACCACAAGCAUCACCCUACAGAUGUGCUGGCAGGAUUUGCACAAGGAGCCCUGGUGGCUUACUGCAUAGUGUUUUAUGUGUCAGACCUCUUCAAACCCAAGAUGAAGACCUCCCUGCCUCCUCCUCCAAUCCGGAAAGAUAUCCUUUCACCUGUGGACAUCAUUGAACGGAAUAAUCACCACAAUAUGGUGUAGACCUUUGCAACCCUCCUCCCUCCACAAUCCUUCCCCCCUCCCCUUUUUUUUUUUUUUUUUUGCAAAAAUGACUGCUGACAGCAACUACCUGCUGCUCUCAAAUCUCAUCAGACAGUAGAAUGUAGGGAGAGACUUUCUUGCCCGACUAAUAAGGUCUUACUCUCUGGCCUUUUCACUUGCAACAUUUGCAUGAAAUGGGUGUUGUUCAACUAAGUCAAAAGCAACAAUGAGAAAAACAAACAAACAGCGAUGCCGGAAUUCUGGAUGUGCAAUUGGUUGAGUGUUCAUGUUGUAGUGAACCCAAAUUGUUCAUAGCAUAAUGAACACUAAACGAUUAUGUAAAGCCGGCCAUCUUAGCUUUUACUAUGAAGAUUUCCAAUGCCGGUAAGAAAAACUCAAAACUAAAUUAUAUAGCACUGUAUACAAGAAACAGCACUGAUUCAAGAUUUGGGACUGGUUUCUAAGUGUCACUGCUCUUUUCUCCUCCCCUCCUCUUUGUAAUAUUGCUUUGUUUCACUCCGUUCCAUACUGUGAUGUUGGUUCAGAAGAAGCUUGCCCAGUCAGAAAUGUCAGAAGGGUGCCUGGUCAUAUUACACAAACUUAACCCUCCCCCCCCC